UGGUGAAUCGGACGGACUGCUAGAUGGGCCUUUCCGGAAUAGGGCUGUAGGGGGCGGUGACCAACCAAAGAGGAAAAAGAAAGGGCUUUGUCAAGAAGAGAAGGGCCAGCAUGUUGGGGGCCUCUCUGUCCCUACCCGGGCCCUAUUCUCGAUACUCUUCCGGAAGAAAGGGAUCUGGGAGCGAGAGAGAUGUCCCGCGGAACUAGGAGGACUUGUCGCGCAGUGACUCUCUGGCCUGAAGCCAGCAGCCUCUCUGUGGCUUCCGGACUGGGCCGACUGAGUGUCGGCGAUGAGGAGGCGGGGCAGGAGCGGCCAGUCUGGACCACUGAAAAACCUCGGACUCCACGCUCGGGUCAUUUCUUUAUCAGGCUGUCUUAUCUCGUGCUGGGCUUUCCAGGCGCGGCCGCAGCUCGGCAGUUCCUACUUGAGAUCCAAUCCGAGAUUUCCUGCUUGCAGCCCAGUCUAUAGCAGCCUGCAUUUUCACCUUUUAGGUUCCGCUGCACCCUCUGCCCCGAGGUGGCCCUUUCCUGACCCCUUCUCAGCCUCUGCCACCUGAGGGCUGCUUUUCUCAGCCAGAGAGAUUCACGUGGCCCAGCGGUUUCGUUGUGAGGAAUGCGCACGGUAUUGGAGCGCAGAAGAGGCACACACUGAGGAAGGCCCUGCCCUUUGGGCCUCCAACACUUCCAGCCUGGCCUCCUGUAGUCAGCCCUUGAUACUCCUACUUACUCACCUUUCCUCCACAAAGCCAAAGGCUGGGCCUGAACUGUGAGGCCUGACUCCUUGCAUAUACCACCUUCCCAUGGCCUCUGACCCAGGACCAGGGUCUCACUAAUAACAGAGCAGAGGGCCAGCAGAUGAAUGGACACCUUGAAACAGAGGAGCAGUGGGACCAGAGGUCAAAUCAGGAGCUGAGCUAGAGCUGGGGCGACCGGCCUAGGACUGCCCUGGACCGGGCCAAGGCCAUGGCCCCACCACUGCCGCCACCAUUGGCCACCAGUACUCCACUCCUGCAUGGCGAGUUUGGCUCCUACCCAGCCCGAGGCCCACGCUUUGCCCUCACCCUCACACCACAGGCCCUGCACAUACAGCGGCUUCGCCCAAAGCCUGAAGCCAGGCCCCGUGGUGGUCUGGUGCUGCUGGCCGAGGUUUCAGGCUGUUGUACCCUGCGGAGCCGCAGCCUCUCGGACUCAGCAGCCUACUUCUGUAUCUACACUUACCCGCGGGGCCGGCGCGGGGGCCGGCGCAGAGCCACACGCACCUUCGGGGCUGAUGGGGCGGCCACCUACGAGGAGAACCGGGCUGAGGCCCAGCGAUGGGCCACUGUCCUCACAUGUCUGCUCCGUGGACUGCCGCUGCCUGGGAACGGGGAAAUCACCACCCAUCUUCUGCCAAGGCCACCCCGAUUGCUUCUACUGGUCAAUCCGUUUGGUGGGCGGGGCCUGGCUUGGCAGUGGUGUAAGAACCACGUGCUGCCCAUGAUCUCCGAAGCUGGGCUGUCCUUCAACCUCAUCCAGACAGAGCGACAGAACCAUGCUCGGGAGUUGGUCCAGGGACUGAGCCUGAGCGAGUGGGAUGGCAUCAUCACAGUCUCGGGAGAUGGGCUGCUGCAUGAGGUGCUGAAUGGACUCCUAGAUCGCCCUGACUGGGAAGAGGCCAUGAAGAUACCCGUGGGCAUCCUCCCCUGUGGCUCAGGCAACGCAUUGGCUGGAGCUGUGAACCAGCAUGGGGGGUUUGAGCAGGCCCUGGGCAUUGACCUGCUGCUCAAUUGCUCACUGCUGCUCUGCCGGGGUGGCUGCUGCCCACUGGACCUCCUCUCUGUGACCCUGGCCUCGGGCUCCCGCUGUUUCUCCUUCCUGUCUGUGGCCUGGGGCUUCGUGUCAGAUGUGGACAUCCAGAGUGAGCGCUUCAGGGCCUUGGGCAGUGCCCGCUUCACACUGGGCACCGUGCUGGGCCUUGCCACACUGCACACCUACCGUGGACGCCUCUCCUACCUCCCUGCCACUGUGGAGCCUGCCUCACCCACCCCUGCCCAUGGCCUGCCCCGUGCCAAGUCAGAAUUGACCCUGGCCCCUGGCCCAGCUCCACCCGUGGCCCACUCACCCCUCCAUCGCUCUGUGUCUGACCUGCCCCUACCCCUGCCUCAGCCUGCCCUGACUUCCCCUGGCUCACCUGAACCACUACCCAUCCUGUCACUCAAUGGGAGGGUGCCAGAGCUGGCUGGGGACUGGGGUGGAGCUGGGGAUGCUCCACUGUCCCCAGACCCACUGCUGCCUUCCCCUCCUGGGUCCCCCAAGUCAGCUGUACUCUCACCCAUCACUGAGGGGGGCCCAGAAAUGCCAGCAUCCUCUGGGCUCCUGCCUCUCACCCCUGAUGGUGACUCGGUAGCGAUCUCUACUGGGGGUCCAGCAGACCACCUGCUCCCUCCCCUGGAUACCCCGCUACCCCCAGGCUGGGUGACACUGGAGGGGGACUUUGUGCUCAUGUUGGCCAUCUCACCCAGUCACCUGGGGGCCGACCUCAUGGCAGUUCCCCACGCGCGCUUUGACGACGGCCUGGUGCACCUGUGCUGGGUGCGCGGCGGCGUCUCACGAGCUGCGCUGCUGCGCGUUUUCCUGGCCAUGGAGCACGGUAGCCACUUCAGCCUGGGCUGCCCGCAGCUGGGCUACGCGGCGGCUCGUGCCUUUCGCCUCGAGCCGCUCACCCCUCGCGGAGUGCUCACGGUGGAUGGGGAGCAGGUGGAGUACGGGCCCCUGCAGGCGCAGGUGCAUCCAGGCCUUGGUACACUGCUCACCGGGCCUUCGGGCCGCCCUGGGCGGGAAUCGUGAACCUCGCAAAACUUAGGGCCCGCUACGGGCGCAGUCUACAUUCCGAGGGGGCGGAGGCUGAGCUCGGGGCGUGGCCUGGCUGCUAGAGUUGGCGUGGAGGCCCCACCUGCAGAGGUUCUAGCCCUGUCUCAGGAUGGCACCCACCUCCAGGGGGGACCAGAGGUGAUGUUAGAGGGUGGCCCGAAUGCCAGGGGUGGGGGCCAUGAAGGUCACAGGAAAGUAGGCUCGCUCGGGAGGAUGGUGCCUGAACAAUUAGAGCCGGGUUCGGACCACAUCCUCGCUUCCAGCUCCUUGAAGACCAGGUCGGCUGAGGGCGGGACUUGUCAUUAAUGCAUUAUCCAAUGAUGGGGCCUGGGAUGGACGGGCUGGCCAGUCAGGCCCUGGGUCUCGCCCUGCCCACUCCGGUGCCUCCAUUUAACUGGCCAAGUAGCCCAGGAGGGGCAGGUUCCCCCGGGCCGACGCUAGCAUUUGCACUAAGGUUCCUCCCCGCCCCGUCGGUGUGGGUGGGGAAGUUCAUUUCCCGUCUUCUGUGUCCUGUGCGUCUCCAGAUCCCAAUCUUCAAAGCAAUUGAAAAGGUCUAUGCAAUAAAGGCAGUCGCUACAUUCCUCUUAGCCCCUCGCCCCUACCUCUGUGCAGCAGCCCGUGGGAGGGAUCCGACUCGGCUCUUCCGGCAGCUCCUACCUUUCUUGGCCCGAA